ACAGAGGUUAUCAAAUCUGAAUUAAUAUAUAGAAGCCCAGCUGAGGGGGAUACCUCUCACAUCACUUUACUUAAUGAAGAUCUAACUGAUUCUAAAACCCUUGAGUCAAAAUUAGACACACAAACUCUACUCCCAAUUACAGGUACAGAGCCAGAAAUACAAUCACACACACCAGUCUUGGGGCAAAGUACAUCAAAAAUUGAUCAGGAUAUUACAGAGGGUAGCAAAUUUGCAUUAAUAUAUAUAAGCCCAACAGAGGGACUUACCUCUCAUACCACUGUACUAAAUGAACAUCUAAUUGAUUCUGCAAACUUAGGCACAGGAACACUACUCCCAAAUACAGGUACAAAGACAAAAGCACAAUCACAAACACCAUUCUUGGGGCAGAACACAGAGCCAUUUGAUAUAGACAAUGUAGGAAGACGUAUAGCUACAUUAAUUUAUGGGAGCCCAACUGAUGGGUUUACCUCUCAAAACACUGUACUAAAUAAACCCGUAACUAAUUGCUCAAUGAGGUUGGGAGAGUCAAAAUUAAUCACAGAAACACCGCUUAAACACAUUGGUACAGAAGCAGAAGAACAGCUACACACGUCGUUCUUGAAGCAGAGCACAGCAACCUUUGAGGUUGAUAUACAAAGCGGCGUAUCGUCACUAUAUGGGAGACCAGUUGAGGGGUUUACCUCUCAAACAACUGGGUUGAUGAAGCAUCUAAUGUAUUCCACAAACCAGGCAAAACUGGUCACAGAAACUCCUCUCACUAUCCUGUCACAAGAAAACACAUCUGCAUCAACUGAGAAGGUCACCUUUCAAACAUCUAGUGAUAUAUUUUCUGGCCAGUCAGAAGAUGAAUGGGAAACAUUCCGUAAGGAUAUUGAACAUCUGAACCCAGAGUUCCUCAAGGCAGUUGGAAAAAGAUCUUUGCCUGAGCGUUUGCCAGUGUCAAAAUCUAUUAAAUCUAGCCCUCCCAAGAUAUCAAAGAGGCUGCAUACUAGACCUCUACAUGUAAAUGUCAACUCCAGGAAGAUCAUAUUGAAAGUUAACACACAAUCUUUACUGCCAAGAACACAUAAAUUGAACUCUACCAGAUUGCAUAUUUUACGGUCUUCAGGGAAGGAUACUAGGUCAAUAAUAAAUGCCUCACAUAGCCUUACAAUGUCAAAUGAAGAAUACACAAUGAAAGGAGCUUCGUCUGUACUGGUUCCUCUACAAAGGAACUCUCUUGUGCUACCUCCACUCUAUAAUCUAUUCUCUAAGCAAUAUAAACCUCAAAAAGUCUCUAAUGGCAAGAUCUCUCGACGUAGCCAUGUUUGUGAGUUUGAGAUGGGAUUGUGUGGAUGGAGGCAAACUUCUAAUGAUAAUUUAAACUGGAUCUUAACGCAGGGUAGGUGGAAUCCUCCCAGUGAAUUCCACAUGCACUUGGACAUACCAAGAGGUGCCUAUCUAUCCCUAAGAAAUUUUACCACGCCACUUGUCCCAGGACAGAAAGCGCUACUCUUGAGUCCAAUGGUAAAUUCCACAAACUGCAUCUCUUUCUGGUACAGCUCGUUAAAGCAUACCAUGGGUACACUAAAUGUUUACACAAGGCCAGGUCACACUCUGCUGUGGUCAGAUGCUGGGCAUAAGAAAAUGGAAUGGACAAAGGCAAAAAUACAGUUAUCACCCAGCAGACAUAUGAUUUUACAGGUAGUUUUGGAAGGAAUUGCAGGCCCAUCAACUGAGAGUAACCUAGUCAUUGAUAAUUUGUAUGCCGGUCAGUGCAGAUGAACGAAGAAUGUACUGUAUAUGCCUUAGUUCAUUCAUUCCAUAAUAAAAUUUUAAGUAAAUGA